AAUUUGGCCAGGCCGAGCGCGGGCAAAAUGUUUCUCUCUCACAAUGCGAGAGCCAAUGGUUUGGCCGUGUCAGGGGCUCAGCACGUGAGGAUCUGCAAUGAGGGAUUGCCAUGAAGGCCAAGGGCGUCUGGCCAAGUCGGUAUUCCACCUGGACAUGCGCUUUAGGAAGGUCGGAGAAUAUUCUGGCGAGAAGUGAGGCGAGACAAUGUCGAUGCCUAUUCUUCGCACUCGACCGUUGGCUUGUUCGCUACCCGAGCUGUGGGUUGGCGAGGCGCGAGGUCCGACGGAGAUUGGAUCCAGCGAGCAGUCCGAAGCAAUAUCGAUCAAAUCCACCGACUGUUACUCGCAAGCACCAAGGAAGCCCAACCUUCUCACUCCCCUCUGCGGCAAAGCCGAUGAUGCGUGUGGUCGCGCUUGAGUUACGGAGCGGCGCAUUCAGUGUUGGCCGCGGAGUUUAUCGCCAACCUCUUGAACAUCGUAGCCAGCUUGCGCGUCAAUCAGCGGGUUCGCACAGCCAAAAUCGACAACAACGCUACCGCAAAAGGUUUCUGGGCACGAGGAUCUUGUUUCAAAACCCUCCCGAUACGACGGUCGCGGUCCCGCCACGCUGGUUCGCCUCCAGCCGCCUGCGGCUCCGCGUCGCUUCCUCUUGUUGCAGACCUCGCAUUCCAGACGAGCCCCCCAUCGGGUUGGGCCCUGUCUUUCAACGGCUGCCUUUUGCUACACUAAUAAACAACCACUCAGCAAGCACACAACGUUCCAUGGCCCCGGGAUGCGAGGUCGGUGUUGCCACGGUUGUGGAGCCUCCACCCCGGAGUCUGGGACUCGAUGCUCCCGUGGGUUGCCUUCUGUCUCUGUUUCCCCUGGAGUGAGGACCAGAUGACUUGAUCCUGUGAACUGCCCCUUGUCAAACCGUCCGUCACUUUGCGGCGAGGGGUUCAACCCCAGCGAGAGAUCACCAUAGUUGGUCUCGCCCAGACAGCAUCAUCGUGAUCAUUGUAAACGUGACG